UCCCAGUCCAGCGCAUGUUCUGGCGUGUCCGUGUUUCGUGCCGAACGGCGAUGGAUAAAAAGCCUCUGAAGUCUGAACCUUGUCGGACUUAAAAACUUUGUCUUAUUUGAAAAUCAGCACAAAUUAAUAGUGAAGUGUAAAGCAUGUGCGGGAGGACAGCAUGCACACUGGAUCCAAACCAGACUCGGCGGGCCUGCACUUACACCAACAGGCAAGGCCGGCGGGUGCUGCCUAGGUGGCGCAAUGGCCCCUCUGGUAAUCAAGGCAACACAGGCGGCAAGCAGCAACAACAAGGGAAACAGCAGGGCAAGCAGCAGGCCUUGCAAGAGGGUAAAGGUCGCAGAAAGUACUACCCUUCCUUCAACUUGACACCAACUGCUGUCACGCCUGUGCUACUCUCGGCCAAGCACUUUGACAGUGAGGCGGCAUCAGACGACCGCCAGCUAACCCCUAUGCAGUGGGGCCUGGUCCCCUCCUGGCACAAAGGGGACCCCACAGCCCUGGGCUACAAGAUGAACAACUGCCGACGGGAGGGCAUGACGGGGAAGCGGUCCUUCAGCCGGCCGCUGGACAAGGGCCAGCGAUGCGUGGUCCUGGCCGACGGUUACUAUGAAUGGUUGACUUCUAAAGACGGCAAGAAGCAGCCCUACUUCAUCUACUUUCCUCAAGCCACACCCAUCGAAAGCCUGGCCUCCAAGACCCCACCGGCAGAGCCAGAGCCAGUGGAGCAGCCUGAUUGCCUGGCAGAGGAAGAGGUCACUGAUGAGGGGUCGGAGUGGAAGGGUCACAAGCUGCUCACAAUGGCUGGAUUGUUUGACCGCUGGUUCCCACCUGAGGGUGGCCCACCGCUGUACACGUACACUGUUAUUACCGUGGAAGCGGCCUCUAGCAUGAGCUGGUUGCAUAACCGUAUGCCAGCCAUACUCGAGAGUGACCAGGCCAUUAAUGACUGGCUGGAUUAUGGAACAGUGCCCGCCAGCAAGGCCCUGGAGUUGAUUAAGGCAGAGACCUGCUUGACCUGUCACCCGGUAUCAACUCAGGUCAACAACUCCAGGUACAAAGGAUCAGACUGCAUUGUGCCAAUUGAUGUGGGGAAGCCUGAGAAACAAACAGCCAGCAGUAAAAUGAUGGGCGCCUGGCUGGCCAAAGGUGCCAAGCCCUCCCCGAGCAAGGACACCAAGCAAGAGGUCAAGCAAGAAAUCAAACUGGAAGUGGAGUCCUCUCCCCAGAAGGUGCUCAGGUCAUCACCACGGAAGCAAGAGCAAGGCCUGAGAUCAUCGCCACGGAAGCGGACAGCCAUGACAGACUGGCUGAGCAAGACCAAUCCAGGGUUGAAGGUCAAAGUUGAGCCUGGUGCUCCAGCGGCAGGCUCCCCACCAAAGAAGGCAAAGAUUCGCUGAAGAGCACUACACCAAGGCCAAUAGUUGAGGCAAUGCUUUUCAUGGAGUGCCCACUCGGACGAAAGGAACAGUUUUGCUUGUUUUGAAUACUUCAUUUAUCAGCAUACGUCAUGAGCUGUGAUACGCCUUCUGCAUUAUUCAUUGUAACGUGCAGAGAAGAAAAUCAUUUCUUAACACCGUUACGUUCUGUUUGUUUCAUUAAAGAACGUGGUCCCUGUAGAGACCUAGAUCAGUUGAUAAAGUAUGGAUCAAGGGCAUGAUGUGCAGCAUCCUAUCACAUCUGAAGAUGAAGAACUCCAGGCGCUGCAUCAAAAGGGCAAGCCUUCCCGAAAUGGCUUCAAAAAUACCCUAGAAACAUACCUUUGGCAAAUAAAGCGCUCAUCCUGAAAUAUAGAUUGACCAGGUCUGAUUGAACUGACGGAAUUCCACUUAAAUCCUACAAAAUUUCAUAUUAAUAUCCUUUACUUUAAUGCAUGUAAUUACAUAUGUACAAACAAACAAGCGAAAUUAAUACACGUAGAUGGAAGAUCGUUUUUUUUCUGCAAGUUGUUGCCAUCUGAUUGGAUUGCUUUAAGAAUUGUUUGCAAGCUUUUAGAAACUGGGCCCAAUUUCAGCAAAAAAGGCAGUGCUUACUACAGCAUAAACUCUGCUAACCGUAAGCAGUAUUUGGUGUCGUUGCUUGCUGUGGUUGUGCUUAGGGUUGCACACACAUAGAGAUUUCCAUCGUUUUGUCAGAACGUAAUUUUCCUUUUAGGUAAGCAUGCCUUUUGCUGUGCUUACAGCUUAUGGUAGCCGUGAAAUUGUGGAGCCUCUGUGACCCUAACAUCGUGUGCUUAGCAGCACUGUGAAAUUGGGCGCUGGAGGCAAACGUAGACAGAAAAAGCACAGUGGCAGAAUGUUAUAUAAAGCUUGACCCUUGCCCACACAGGAUGUUUUGGACGUUUGCUUGUUAUUUAAGUUUGACAUUCUGAAUUACUGAAGUACCUGAAGAAAAUCACAUCUGCACGAGUAUUUCUGAACUUUCAGUCAUUUUAGUGUUCACAACACUUGACAUUUGAUAGUUGCAUUUGUUUCAAAACUAGAACAUGUAUGGAGACUAGAACUGACCACUCCAACUCCUGUUUAAUUAUAGAUAAAGAAUAUAAUCAAAGCCACUCUAUUAUAAACUAAGCAACAGUGUACUUUUGUAAUCAAACUUUUUAUAUACCACUGAUAAUCUGUAAAUAUUACAUGAAUAUGGCUGUAUUAAGUUUUGCUGGUUUUAAAUUAAAAUUAUCCAAUUUAGCAUUA